UGUUAAACAAAAAACGUAUAAAACAUUUUUUACAGUUAAUUUGCAAGUUGAGACAUGUCACACACUCACACUGACUCUCCUUUAAUUGUGGCUUGAAUGCUGUAGUCAAUCCAAGAUUGGCUUGAAUGCUGGAGCUACAUGUGUAUAAUUGUACAGUAAGGAGCUGACAAAGUUCCAAAGUAAUGCAAUAUAGGUGGACAUUGGAGCACACAUUUUCCUUUAUCUUUCACCUUCUAGAGAAAAAGGUAUGAACGGAGUAGCCAACACUGAAAAUUGCUGCUCAUGCAUGAUUUAUAUACUCAUUUUACGGCAACAAUCCAACAACAGAGGCUUUUGCAUGGUAUUUGAGACAAAGAUGCAAUGGAUAGAUUGUUCCAUGCCGCUCAGACAGGGGAUAUUGAAGAAUUGCACCAACUACUAGCAAGGAACCCCCUUAUCCUUCAUCAAGUCCCACUUAUAUGUGCUCAGAAUCCCUUACAUUUUGCUUCUGCUGCUGGGCACUUGGAUUUUGCAGAGAAAAUACUGGAAAUGAAGCCUGAAUUUGCUAGACAGGUGAAUGCAGAAGGUUAUAGCCCCAUGCACUUAGCAUCUGGAUGUGGACACAUACAGAUAGCUAGAGAGAUGAUCAGAAUUGACUCAAAUAUUUGCCGACUUGAAGGCAAAGAAGGGACGACACCUCUACAUCUUGCAGUGCUGGGAGGGAGGGUUGAUUUAAUUAUCGAAAUGCUAGCUAAUUGUGAAGGGUGCAUAGAAGAUGUGACGGUUCAGAAAGACACUGCUUUGCAUCUUGCUGUCAAGAGCUUUCAACUUGAGAGCUUGCAGGUUUUGUUGGAUUGGACCAGGCAAAUGGAUAAAGAAGAGAUUCUGAAUAGAAAGGAUGAACAUGGGAAUACCAUCCUGCAUCUUGCAAUCUGGAAGAAGCAAAGAAAGGCUGUGGAUUUGCUUCUGAGGAACAAUUCUAGGACUCUGGAAGUGAAUGCAAUAAACAAUAGUGGUUUGACAGCACGGGAUUUAUUGUUGAUUUUCCCAAGUGAAGCUGGUGACAGAGAAAUUCAGGAAAUUCUUCAGGGUGCUGGGGCAUUAAAAGCUCAAGAACUUACCUUCCACCACACAACUUUUACCACCUCAACUGACGGUCCUUCAGUUAACAUCCAUUCAGAGGAUCUCGUUGAGUACUUCAGAUUUCAUAGUGGGAGAGAUUCUCCAAGUGAUGUUCGAAGUGCACUUCUAGUUAUAACUGUGCUGGUAGCAACAGCAACAUACCAAGUUGGUAUCAGCCCUCCUGGUAAUGUAUGGCAGGAUGAUAGUCAAGGCCAUCUUGCUGGAACUUCCGUCUUGGGCACCCAUGACUUAAUUUCAUAUAUCAUCUUAGUUUCCUGCAAUGCUAUUGGAUUUAAUGUCUCUCUUUACGCGAUAGCUACAUUAACAGCGAAAUUCCCCUUACAGACAGAGCUUCAAAUAUGUCUCUUAGCUUUGUACGUCACAUUCAACGUUGCUGUAAGUGCUAUUUCACCCAAAAGCGCCAAAACUUUUACAGCUGUGUUCACGUCUGUGACGUCUACUAUAAUCCCACUGUGCUUUGGUUUGCUCCGAAAAUUUAGAGUUUUUGAACGUAUGAGACGCAUAAGUUGCAUAUUUGGAAGAGAAUGUUGAAUUGGGGUGCUGAAAAUCUAUAAGAAUAGGGAUCAUAAUCUUUUUCAUAAUUCAUUGUAGAUAUUUUUGGAACCCAUUUAAUUUGUUGUAAUUGGAUUACUCUUGAGAAACUCUCUAAAAACUGAUUUUUCAGUACUCUUUACAGGAAGUAAUUUCUAAAUUA